GAUCUGUUUCUCCUAAUUAGUCUGUUUUUGCGACAUUGAAGACAUACAGAUACGAACGUGAGUGAUGAUGGUGAUGGUGAUGAUGACGGUGAGAGAUGGCAAAUGGAGAAAAGGCCAGGCUUACAGCUCAUCAACAAUGGCGGAACCACCAAGUCCAGAACACGAAAGCUCCACCAUUAAUUCACCCUCAUCUUCGCCGUCCUCAUCUGGGUUUUCUCACCCUUGUCGAAACUCGGUCCCCAACUUGUCUCUGCACCGCGGAGUUCAGAAUACCGCAUGCGAGAGGAGGCUGAAGAGAAACAACAAUGGAAGCAGCAGCGGCAGUAAACAUCCGGCGUACAGAGGAGUUCGGAUGCGAACCUGGGGCAAGUGGGUGUCCGAAAUUCGCGAGCCGCGCAAGAAAUCUCGCAUCUGGCUCGGCACCUUCCCCACGUCGGAAAUGGCCGCCCGAGCCCACGACGUCGCCGCCAUGAGCAUCAAGGGCGACUCAGCGAUUCUCAACUUCCCGGAACUCGCCGACUCGCUGCCGCGCCCGGCAUCUCUCUCGCCGCGCGACAUUCAGGCUGCUGCGGCCAAAGCGGCCGCCAUGGAUCUGAAUCUGAACUCGUCGUCCUCGCCGCCGCCGCCGCCGCCGUCGGAAGCGUCGACGUCGGAGGAGCUGAGUGAGAUCGUUCAGUUGCCGAACAUAGAAAGCAGCUUCGACUCGGCUGAGUUGGGAAGCGACUUCGUGUUGGCUGACUCAGUGGAUAGUUGGCUGUAUCCGCCGCAGGCGGUGGAGGAAGGUGAGUUCUGCGGAUAUUUUUCUGACCAGAUACUGGCGGCUGUGGCGGCUCCGGAGAGUGUGAUUCCAUGCACCUUUGAAGCUUUACUGUGGGAAUAUUAGAUUUGCGGAAAUUUUGAGGAUCCCUCUAAGUUUCCUUCUUUGGGUAAUUGUUGCAUAUACAGUUGAUGUUCAUUAAAAAAAAAACUAUGUUUAAUAUUACUCAUUCCCUUACUCUCAUUUAAUUUAAUUUUUAAAUUAAAACCAUUAAA